AUGACAAGCGUGAGAUGGCUUCCCACACGGGCGCUCUGGGGAUCCGGACCUCAUUUUGCUCGACAGACUCAGGUCUCCACCUACCGUGCAUCAACUCUGGAUCCAGAUCUUCCUGGUUACUGUUCAAGAAUUUCAAGCUUUGUGGAGCCUUCGUGGCGGAGCACCCCCAGAAACCGCGUCGUGGACCAGGUCGUCACCUGGGUCGAUGCGCCCGCUAUCCAGAGAUCUGAGCAAAGCUUGGGCCGAAAUCUGUAUAUUUGUCUAGACAACUCAUCCAAGCGCCCCGAAGGCUCUUCGGGCACCAGCUCGUUGAACGACGAACGGGAGAAACCCCACGUUAAAUACCAGCUAGGGAUGGUGCGCACUCCCCAUCCCAACCCCAUCCCCAAGCAUCCACUCAUCAUCAUGGGCAGCGUCCGCCUCACCCCCUUCGCUGACGGCACUGAGGCGUAUAUUCCGGGCUUCUCCCAACAUUUGUUCAAGAUUGAUGGAGUGUAUCAAGAGCGCGACCUACCACAGGGCACUAUAGUGGCCACAUUCGACCCCGAGGUCGCGACCUACUAUGUCAAGUCCCCAGUGGAUGGAUCUUGGCUUCACACUCGUAUUCAUUAUGACCUCCGUGCGUUUCCGCACGGUGCAGACGAACAGCUCGAUGCCACCUCUCCAGAUCUUGUCGCUACUCCCUCUGUUUCGGCUGACGUCAUGGAGUUUCAUCAAAAGAAAUACACAUUGCCCGGACUACGCGGGCGUCCCCCGAGUACUGAUGCGGCGGCCUGCUUGGCUGACUUCAACCGCUUGAUCGAAGACAUCGGCAAUGCUGAGCCCGUCACCGAUGGUUCCGCACCUGCUUUCUCCUUUAUGGCGCAUAUCACGAAAGACUCCACACUUCAGCACGAGAAGUUUAGCCUCCGCUUCGAGAUCCCGGACCUUGACAGGAACGCGUUCAAGAAGCAGUACAACUCUCGCAUUCAAGGUAGUCCGCUGUCCCGCGAGCAGCUUGCCGACAUGCUGGCGAACGACAUCAAAGAGCGCAUGGCAAGUCGUCUUCUCUGGUUCUGA